GAUUGGUCAGCGUGUGUUCUCUCCAAUGUUUGUAAAUUGUAGUACGGAGACACGGCUGUGUAGAUCUCAGCGCGCAAAUGUAUUUUCUAAUGUUGAUAAACCUUCCUUGUUUGGAUUGUAUUUAAAAAAUACUGGUCUUUAGAAAUAGCGGGAUCGAAAAUCUUGCGACGUUGUGGAUCUUAAGGAACCGAACAAGGCAGAAAGAGAGACUAUAAUGGUCCUUAGUCAGAUGGAUGCCGGUAAAGCUUUGACGGCGGCAGCAGCCAAAGGAAAUACAAGCGAGGUGCUGAGGAUCCUGGAGGAAUGCAGAGUGCAUCCUGAUACUCUCAAUGAAUUUGGCAGGACUGCGCUACAGGUGAUGAUGAUGGGGAACUCCAAGAUCGCCAGUUUGCUGUUGGAAAAAGGAGCAGAUCCCAACGUGCAGGACAAACACGGGAUAGCGCCCAUCCAUGAUGCAGCCCGGACAGGAUUCCUGGACACUGUGCAGGUUCUGGUGGAGUACGGCGCUUUGGUAAACAUCCCGGACCAGAGUGGUGCCCUGCCUAUCCACAUCGCCAUCCGAGAAGGCCACCGUGAUGUCGUGGAGUUCUUGGCGCCACGGUCUGACCUGAAGCAUGCCAACAUCAGCGGUCAGACAGCGAUAGACGUGGCCCGAGCUUCACGUGUGCCUGAUAUGAUUGACUUGCUUUUCGCUCACAUUCAUAGUUAGUCAGAAGUCUGUGUGCGGGGUGCUUUCUGGGUGACCCUAACCUAACUUUUUUUGCUUCAAACCUGGUGACUUGAAUUCAUUGCUGUGUAAAGGAUUCUUUAUUUUUUUUUUUUUUUUUUGUUUGUUAAUAGUGGCUCAGCAUUAAUAUGUGACACAGGACAUAUUGUCUUGGCAGCUUAUUUUCAUUGGAUAGGUGGCUAUAUACAGUAGACACCUCUUUUGCACAGUGCAAUUUAGGCACCUAUAUGUUUUCCCUAUUAAUUGGGAGUGCACAUUUGUAGAUAGUUCCCCCAGUGUUUUGUAAUCAUUGCCUUAUUUCCAUUGUGUAUGAAUUGUAACAGUUGAUACAUUGUAUGUGUUUUUAACCAUUUCUACAAAACUUGACAUGGUGCACCCUGAUUGCUUUUCAUAGUUUUGUUUCUCUUGUUACCUUCUCUCUAUUAAAUGUACUUAGACUUUGAAUUUACUCUUAUUUAUUGUUGGAAUAAGACUGAAUAUUCCUGUGACUUUGUAAAUAGCAACAUUUAUUGUGAUUUGUUGAAAUGUUAUUUAUAUAAAUACUUAUACAAAAGUGAGAUUAUUCACUUUGCUAUUUGAAGAAGAAAACACAAAAUAAAAGUGUUGAACUUGA